AUGACUGCCAUCAAUGAUGCAGCUCAAGUAGAAAAUCGCAAUGGAUAUGGCCGCUGUAUGAUUGCUACCAAAGACCUUCGAGUUGGACUGGAAUUCAUGAUGGAGAAACCAUAUGUAGCGGUUGUGGAUGAUGCUAGUUUGAAUCAAACGUGUAGCGGCUGUUUCCGUUUAGCUGCUCAUAUGCAACAGUGUUCCUCUUGCAAAGUGGUUCAGUAUUGUUCUCAGACUUGCCAACGCAGCGAUUGGAGCAUUCAUAAACCAGAGUGUGAAGGCUUCAAAGCUGUUCAGCCAAGGAUUCCACCAUCUCCUGUUCGACUCUUGGGACGCAUGAUGUUCAAGCGAGCCAAGGAUUGUAACGAGUUUGAACGAGUCGUUGGCCAACUGGAGUCGCACCGUGACAAGCGAGCAUCAAAGGAUAUUGAGCAUAUAGCUGCCAUGCUGCAGAUGGCGUCUGGAUUUAUUCCACCUGCUUUGCUGCUUUCAACUACUGCUGACAUGAUCGCAUUGUGUUGUAAAAUUCAAGUCAAUACUAUGACGACUGAACGAGGUGUUGCGAUAUACGAUCGACUGUCGACUGUGAACCAUUCUUGCGUACCCAACGCUUGUCUGACUUUUGGUAUUGGAGGAAUUGCUCGGCUUUCCCCAAUGACAGCGAUCGCUUCUGGUGAUCAGAUUAAUAUAUCCUACGUGGAUGUGUUCCAGUCUUGCGAAACUCGUCAGAGACAGCUAAAGGAACAAUACUACUUUGAUUGUACUUGUCGUCUAUGUACAGCAAAUGCUAAUGGAGAAUCGCGUCAGCAGUGCAUUUCCCAAUUCGACUCGGCAGUGGAUCUGUAUCAAUCUACCAAAAAACAAACCAAUGAUGCAAGUGCAUCUCAAUCUAUUCUGACUCGUGCUUUAGAAUCACUCGAACUGAUUGUAUGCAAGUCACAUUCAGUACUCAUCCGAUUACGCACUGAUUUGAUUGAGAUUUUGGUUGGACAGCGCAAUUAUGCCAAAGUCAUUGAACUUUCCAAUGAUCAACUUGAUGCAUUUCGGUGUGUUUGGAAAGCAUCGCAAAGUAUUGAAAAGGGUAUAAGUGAGUCUGACAAUGCGUAUCCAGUUUGGCCUAUGGAGUCGGUGAGCUCUGUAGAUAUAUUCAAGGCUUCCAUGUGGACAAUGGAUGAUGAUUUGGAUCGGGUUGCUGAGCUUGGAAAACAAGCUGCGCACAAUCUCCGUAUAACACAUGGAGAAAAACAUCCAAUGUAUCUAGAUUUGACUGAAGGUUUAGAAGAUGUGUUACGCGAGCUAGAGGCUCGCCAUUCAGGAGUUGACAGUGUGAAAAUGAAGCUUAUCUAG